AUGAACGGAAAUAUGGAAAAAUUUCAAACCAAGCCCAAAAAUCUAAAAGCAAACAUUUCAAAUUAUGGAUGCGUAAAUGAUUUAGACCAAGAUUAUUCACCAAAGAUUACUACAACUUAUAACCCACCUAAUCCUCCUUCAUGGUAUCCACCAGAAUCCUUUGGCGAAGAUAGAGAUAAUGGAAUUUUUCUUGUAGAUAAAAUCACGAUUGCACGUCAAAAACAAACUACACGACAAUUCUCGUUAAAACCAAUGGAUGAAGAUGAGUUUAUGGCAUUGUCUGCGUGGGAUGAUGAUAAUAGUAGUAAUUUAGUAGUUACAAAUUCUGAAAGAAACGAAGCUCAAUAUAUGAAUGAAAAUUCAUUUUCGAAGAAUUCAUCUGACACUACCAAUAUAGCUAAUAAUGUGGAUGUUUAUGAUGACGAUACAGCCUCCAUGGCCUCCAUGUCAACCUGUUCCACAGCAACGACUUCAGACUUAUACCCUUCCGUAAUGCACGUCACUUUGAAUGAUUUAAUAAAUUUCAAAAAACGACGUGAUUCUAUGCAAAAUAAUAUAAAUAAUUAUAAUAAGUCUAUUGAUACAACAUCUGUUAUUAAUAAAGGUAAACAAAGGAUUGUAAAUUUUAAGGAUGAAAUUGUGGAAUCACCCGGAGAAUCAUCGAAGAAAUUAAUGGAAAUGGAAUCAUCAGCACUAUCAAUCAUUUCAAAUGAUUCAAGUACCAUUAAAGAUAAUAAUUCAUCACAUAAAGAAGUAAUUUCGGAAAUUUCAAUAACUAUACCAUUAAACUAUCCAAAAAUAUCGACAGAAGAACAAGAAGCGAUUAAAAUUGAUAAACAAAACAAACUUCGUGCGUGGGUGAAAUGUUUAUGGCCACAACCAAGGCUUCCCGGUUCGAGACAACUAUCAUUUGGACUUAAUCCACGUUCUCUAUCAAAAAGAAAUCUCAAUCCGUCUAUAGUUGGAAUUGUCGUAAUGCAAAAAUCAGUUCCAAUGAUAUUAACUGCAAUAUUAAAAGGAACGAAACAUCCCAAAAAAGAAAUUGAUAGAAAUGGACAAAUAAAAUUUACGGGAGAGCCUGUAAUUAUUAAAGGAGUUUAUGAUCCAAGAGAAUAUUUGCUUUUGCAUUGUCCUACUUAUCAGAAUCCACCUUGUUAUAAUGGUAAUCCAAAAAAUCCUUGGACUGAACAUUUCUUGCUUAAUAAAAUUUUGCCUAGAUUAUCCAGUGAAGCAAUUAAAGUACAAAAUGAAGUUGGAUUAUUCUUAACUGUCAGGGAAUCAUUGUUAUGGGGAUUAGAACAUUCUCCCAUAUUUCAGUGCAGAACUUGUACAAACGUGCAACAUAGUUUUAGCAGGAAGUUCAAUUAUAAAGGGGUUCGUGAACAUUUAUUCAGUAGUAAACAUGCUGUAAGUUAUAUCAAUGAAGAGGAAAUGAUUAGAGUUAAUCCCAAAGAUUUCAUGAUGGCUUUUUAUAGAAAUUUACCUCCAAUGAUUGAUUUAUUUAAAUUUUUUAACAAAUUGUUAGUCGGCCAACCAAGUGUUCCAGAAUUCAAACUAGACGACUAUUAUUGUUUCAAUGUUGUAUCAUUCAAAGACGGAACUGCAACAUAUGUAGGUUUUUUAGAUAAAUGGUAUCUAUGGAGUAAAAUUGAAGUAGUUGGUUCAAGUGGAAGAGGUGAUCGAUUAUUCGGACGCAGAAAAAAGGGUUCGGUGAUAGAAAUGCAAAACAUUGAAGGGUUAGCAUACGGCGAUAAAGAAGCUGCUAUAAAGGCUAAAGGAAUGAAGGAUUAUCAUAAGGCAGCAAAAUCAUUUUUGUCGGCGGCUAAACAAUUCAAGAAGGUUGGUGAUGAUUCGAAUCUUCUUGAAGCUGCAAAUUGUUAUGAAGACGCAUAUAAAGCUUUUCAACAGACAAAACAAACUGAUAGAGCACUUGAAGCGUUGGAAAAAGCAGCUUCUAUUUAUGAAAGCAGCGACAGACAAAGCACCCGUGCAGCGCGUGUAUAUGAAAUAUUGGCAGAACAAUAUAAAAAACCAAAUAGUAUUCAGCACAAUUUAAAGAAAGCACUUGAGAUGCAUCGCAAAUCUGCCGAACUAUUUGAAUUGGAUGGAGAUGGCCGUUUCUUGUUUUCUUUAAUAUCACAAGCUGAAUUAUCUGCUGAACUUGGAUAUUUUGAACAAGCAAUUUCUCUCUUUGAUAAUAUAACGAUACUUUCGGCAAAUGAUUCCAUUCUUAGUUUUAAAGUCAAAAGUCAUGUUUUUUUGCAGUGUCUCUGUAUUAUCGCUUUGGGUGACUGGGUGAGACUUGAGAAAAGAUUUCAACAAUGUAUCGAGGAUUAUCCGAGCUUUGCAGAUAGUAGAGAAUCUUGCCAAGAAUAUGAUCAACUUACAACAUUGUCGUCAUGGCAAACGCAUACCUUACUUGGAGCCAAAAAAGCUUUAGAAGUUGAAGAUUUACGAUGA